CCGACACACCCUGCCCGUGCUUCAGAGCCAGAUCUGACUCACAGCGUAACCCUACACCAGCUGAGCUGAGGAGAAGAACCGCCGGUCACAAAGCCUCGGAGCUCGCAGGAUUUAAAAACUUUAGAGCGCCCAGCACUCAGGAUGGAGUUUUGUUUGAGGAUACUUUCACUCCUUUUGCUCAUUACUCCAACUUUAACAGAUGAAGGCUUUAACCUGGAAGAUGCGUUUGGUCCAGAUCCGACGCCAGUAAAACCCAAAGAGCAGCCAGAGUCUCCGAAGCUACCCGGAGGCAACGGUGAUCUGAACCUGCUCGAUGCAUUUGGACCAGCUCCAACACCAAAGCCCAAACAGCCAAGUUCUGGAGGUACUGGAGAUGACUUUGGGUUUGACCUGUCUGACGCUCUCCUACCAGGCGCCACCUCAGAACCAAAGCAACCUGCAGUCAAGCCUCCGAGUGGUGGAGGAGGCGGGACCUUUGAUGACAAUGAUCUUUUGGGUGUUAGCGAGAGCGACGACUACAAGCCUGAUAAAGGAGGCUCUGGAGGCCGUGCAAUGAACCCCGGCUCUGAAAACCAAGGUGGAGCCGAUCAACCUCAAGAUCCGGAUCUACCGUGGGGCCAAAUCCUGAAGAUGCUAAAUGCUAACAUGCCAGAGGAAUUCUUUAUGUGGAUGUCCAACUUAAAGCAAGUUAUAAGCCCCCUGUUAGAGAGGGUCGAGGAGCUCCUGCGGGCUCUGCCAUGAGUGGACCUGGGCAGUCCGGUUGAGUUGUGGUUCAGCUGUAGUUGGAGUCAGGCCUUUUGGCUGGCAGAGCCAUCUCCGCUAUCUGUUUAGUCCGCCUGUGUGGUUCUCUUCUGUAUCUGGGGUGUGGCCUUUGUUGUGACUUUUACAGCUCCUGUAGGGUUUAAAAAAAAAAAAGCUGGGACAAAGGAGCAGCUGUGUGGCGGGAAAUCCUCUGGCCGAAUUGCCUUGGGCCGGUCCAGCUUUAUAGGUUCUUACAUUUAUUUUUAGCUCCACUUUUUUAAACAGGAUAUAAAAAAAAACAACCUGAACAUGAAAAGUGUUGGUAACAUGGUUAGGAUUCAGAUUUUUUUUUUUUUUACAUGUGUUUUGCUUUACUGUUGGCUUGCUUGAUCCUUAAAAUAAAAAAAAAGAAACAAACAUUUGUGGCGUUAAAUGUAGAUGGGGACCAGCCAGGGCUUUGCUUUGAUUUCCAGGUUCUGUAAAGCUUAUAUUAGUCCUUUUGUAGUAUUGGCAUUUAAAAAGGAGGAGGUAGAAAACUAUGUUUUAAGUCACUGUGAGUGAUCAUUAACAGCCUACUUUUCUAUGAGGUGCGAAACCAGAACAGCUCAAACCCCUCCUCUGCAGAACCGGAAGCCUCACGUUUACAUGUAAAAACAGGAAGGGGUUUAAUUUGCUUUGGAAGUCUUUAAAUGCAUCUGGAAGCAGACGCUUCAUCCUGCUCUGUGAGGUUUAGCCGGCGAAUCCUGAAAUCUACUGAACACCAGUUCAGUCAUUGAGACAAAGGGAGGAAACAAACACCAAACCUGGACUACAUGGUUCUCUGAUUCUGCCGGUUCUCUCAUUCCAUCGGUUCUCGGGUUCUCUGUCCCGCAGCUGGAAGCAUUUGCAACCGCGGCUCCAACAGCUUUCCCCGCCAGCCCAGGGAGGUCACUCUGAUGGUUCUGUCGGUUCUACGUUGGCUCCAGCUGGUUCUGUCAGGAAUUCUGAACCAAGUUGUAAACGGCUAACCUUGCCUGCACGUGGUAUUUGUGAGUUGACAAACACACAAGAGUCCAUCUUGUCGCACUCAACCGUUUUAGACCAAACCAAAAAUGGUUCGGGCCAAUCACGUUGCAGUAUUGUGGUUUAAGGCGGGAAGUACAGCUGUGACUAAAGCAAGAGCUGCUGAGCCCCACCAGGGUAACUUUUUGUGGUUUCUCAUUGGUGUCAUGAUUGGCUAAAACGUACCGUUGGUAGGCGGAGACUGGGUGCCAUUUUGUCCAAUCAGCUCGGAGAGUUCUGCUACAUGUCCCUCCUUUCCCCAAACAGAUUGGAUAAGAGCAGAAUCUGAUAAUGCGCAGAACGGAGAGUCGCGCACAUUGUCGUUCUGGCUGGCCAGGUUAGUAAACAGCUGGAUUGUCUCGACUGCAGGUACAUGAAGAGAAAGCAAGACAAACUAUUACACAGCCAAACAUCAGCCGAGUGGAUCGGGUUUGCUUAAUCUGACUGGGCUCGUUGUUCUCCUCUAAGUCAUCCUGAACAAAAAGAGGCACCGGGUCGGACUCCGGGUCUUUUGACAAACGCACAGGAAAAAUAAUCAAGGAUGCGUUCAAUUUUAACACAUUAAAUGCAAAAACCACUGACUAAUAAUAGCUUAAUGAGGUCCAAACCUGGACCCAUUGUUCUGAGACUCAGAACUGACAGAGUAGCUAGGCCCGGUCGAAACUACACGUAACUCUGGUCUACGUGUUUCAAACACCACGUCCGAUCUCAUCUUCCAGCAGGUUUUUUUUUUGUUUUACCUUCGUGCAACCUGCUGUAGGGAUGUUCGGUUCUGAAUCCAGACGGAGGGACUGCUCGGAUGUCCACAGCAGAGGAAGCAUCAGGGAAGCUCACAUGAGCCCUCUGGUGGUGAGAGAGAGAAAGCAGGUACCCAAGUUGGUUCAGAGAACAUAAAAGACGUCGGGGACCAAAUCCUUCCUCGGACCUUGGAGUCCACGUUAUGAAUGAGAGACCAGCUAAUGAUCCCCUGAACUGUCAGAAUCUCACGGUUCAGUUUCUGCAUGUCGUCAAGUUCAUUCAUCUCAGUGGGUAAUCCUUCAGAACCAGAGCCAAAGCAUUCAGGAGGAAACAGUGUUGCGGUACUGAGAGGAAAUCCAUCUCCAGAAUCUGUUGCUUUACAUGACGCGCCUCCCUGACUGGGAAAUUUCGCUCCCUUUGUCACAUUCAGGCAAAUUUUUUUUUCCAACUAAAAGCAAAAAUGACCAGUUUCUUUUUUAAAUCAGGCUAAUUGAUUUGAUUCAAUUAUUAUUAAUUAGCUUCUCAGACCCCACAGUUGAUGACCCAGCAGUUUCUGAGGCAUUUUUCGUUCAUUGUGGGACACGAGGAGUGAGUCAUGGUGUGGGCGUGGCUUCCACACCCCGGUGAGGGUGUGGGCAUGCUCCCGUUGUACCUGGACCCUCCUCUGUGUGACUGGAGUGCUGUGACCGCGCGGCAGAGUGAACUCCUGUUACCCUGGCAGCGUGCGGCGCAGCUGAGUCCAGAUGUGCGACGUCAUAACGCCAUGUGACUUUUGUUUGUAUAUUCCGCUGCCAUGGCUUCAUGCCUGGAUACGCCUCUUUUCUGCCCGCAUGUUGCCUCACCGGUUACAAUCAGCGUUCAGAGCAUUCCAUGUCAACUUCCACAACAUGCUACAAGUGUUGCUCCUCACAGCAGAGUCAGUCUCUGCAGGUACUGGUCCGACGAUACUGGCUGCUUCACCUGAAUGCUGAGUCUUCCUGCCUUGUUUUUGCUGAUGAAAUGUUUCGCGCCUAUGUCUGAAUCUUGAAUUUUGUCUCGUUUUUUGCAAUAAAACAUUGAUGUAGAAACGUUCCUUUUUGUCCCUGAGCUUGUUUCGCCUAUGAUUCGCCAUGUGCAAAUCAUGGCAGCGCACUCAGCAAAACGUUUUCACCUUUCAUUGCCCUCCCCCAAGACAAACUUCAGAUUUGAUUUUACGGGGUGCAGAAUUGUGUUGUGGACGAAAAAGAAAAGAAAAGAAAAGAAAAGGAAGGGUGGCAUGCACGGUAAUUUAGCCCCCCACCCCCGAAAAAAAAGCUGAUAUUCAGACGAGUCCCCACACCAUGAUGCUGCCACCACCGUGUUCUACUGUGGAGAUGCUGUUUUUUUUUUCUCUCAUGGGGGCUUCUCUGAUUAAUGCUCUCCUCGUAGUCAGUUCAGGUGGACAUCCUUUUUUUGGUACAUCUGCAGUUGGUCCAUCCUCUCUCUCAUCUUCUGAUCGUAGAUUGAACACAGCCCUGUUAGAUGUUAAAAGCUCAGAAUAUUGUCGUAGAACCUAACCCAGCCAUAAACAUCUACGCAGCCUGCUCCCCAACCCGUUUGCUGGGUUCCUUGGUCUUCAUGAUGCUGUUUGUUCUCUAAUGUUCUCCAGAGAACAUGUGAGGCGAGAAACGGAACAGCUGCAGUCCGACUCUGGUUAAAUGGCACACAGCAUGACUGGCUACACAGGGUUUCAAUUGGAGGUAUUGGGUGAAAGUGGGUUUAAACAGAAAUGUGAGCCAUUUUUUUUUUUUGUGGAAUAAAUUCCCAGCUUGGUCUGUCCAAUGAAAUCCAAAAAAAAAA